AUGGAUAACAAUUUGUUAGUAAUUUUUAAAAGUUCAAAACAUCCUCAAUUAAGCAAUGAAAAUGGGGUGAAAACUGCGGUUUUUCUAUCCCCUAAAUUUGUGCUAAAACCCGGAUAUGUUUCUAACAAAGAUUACAACGAUAUUGAUUUUCCUCGAGGCCAUGUUGCAAUCAAGAGUUUCAAUGCAGAAGUAAUCGAUGAGGCAGGGAAUCCGGUCCCCCUCCAUGAAACUUAUCUCCACCAUUGGGUUGUUCUAAGGUACCAUCAACGAAAAGGAGUUGAUAUUCCAAAGUACAAUGGAAAUAGGGGGUUCAACGAAUCAGAUUAUGCUAUUGUAAGGAAUAGUGGUGUGUGUGAUCAAGAUCUAUUGCAAUACUUCGGAUUAGGAUCCGAGACGCGAAAAACGGCCACACACGUGCCUGGCCCUUAUGGAAUCGAGAUUGGAAAUCAGGCCGAGAUCCCAGAUGGAUAUGAGGAGAAAUGGAUGCUCAAUGUGCAUGCAAUUGAUACUAGGGGUGUUCUAGAUAGGUCGGGGUGCACCGAGUGCAGGUGUGAUUUGUAUAAUGUCACAGUUGAUGGGAAUGGUCGUGUUUUGCCAUCGGAUUAUUACGGUGGCUUAGGAUGUUGUUAUGACAAGACAAAAUGCAUGGUGAAUAAAGGAUUCCAUGGUGUGAAGAGAAGACUAUACUUGAGGUAUACAGUGAAGUACAUUGAUUGGGAUGCCUCCAUUGUGCCCGUUAAAAUCUAUAUUCUCGAUGUUACUGAUGUUUGGACAAGGCCGGAUGAAUCCAGAGGAGUCAGAUCUCGACAUUCUUGCCGGGUCGAGUAUGAUGUUGAGUCUUGUGACAUUGGUGUGGCUAAUGAUGAUUGCAUUCAUGCUAAAAGAGUGAGCGUUAGUUUGCCAACCAGCGGAGAUGUCAUCUAUGGUGUUGCACACCAGCAUGCAGGAGGGACUGGUUCAACUCUUUAUGGAGAGGAUGGAAGAGUGAUAUGCUCAUCAAACCCAGUUUAUGGUGAAGGAAAGGAAGCAGGAAAUGAGGCUGGUUAUAUUGUGGGAAUGUCCACAUGUUACCCUUCACCUGGCACUGUCAAAAUAUCUGAUGGGGAGUUAUUAACUCUUGUGUCUAACUAUAGC